AUGGCGGCAUCACUUUUUACUUUCUCCUCCACCUUAAGAAGAGUCAUCCCAGCUCCAAACUCUCCUCCUCUUCCCAUAUACAUCAAAGCCACAAAUGUCGUCUUCAACCCCGAUAUACCAGAUGUUCAUCGCGGUCUUGGACUUGAUGAUUUUGUCAAUUUUCUAGUAUCUUGCAGACUUCGAUAUGCUAUCAGUGAGGUUCCAUCAGAGUUCUUUUCCGAACAAGUAUGUGAGUUCUACUACACCGCAACAGUCAAUAAUGAAAACAACAUCAUCUCCAGCACUAUUGGGCGUGGCCGUCGCUCAGUUUUCAUCAACGCUGAUCUCCUCCGUACUGCACUCAGGUUACCAAUUUUUGAACCAUUCUCUGAGCUUCCAACAAUUGAACACUAUCGAUGCCUCUUUGACCAACUAGGCUAUGAUCACUCCAAGGCUGGUGCUCAACCAGCUCUCAUUCUACAUCAAUGUAUGACACUUGGAUGGAAGUUCUUCACCGGGGCACUUUGUAAGUGUAUAGGCCACAAAUCUCGCAGUGGUGAUCAACUGAGUGCUUUUGAGCAACAAGUGGUAUGUUCACUUCUCCACAACAAGCAUGUUGAUUAUGGGGCUUUCUUCUUCGAUCAGCUUGUCCAAAUUCUUCGAGCCAAUGUAAGAGCUGAUCAUGUUCGGUUUCCACACUGGAUUGCUCUUGUCCUGGAUAAAUUUUAUGCUGAAGCCUAUUACUCACACGCUGGAAACUCCAUCCAAUGCCCACGCAUGUCAGUACGAAUGUAUCAGGAUGAUCCACUGGCCAAUGACAUCGACAUCUCUGAUCGGAUUCAAGAAGGUGGUUAUAUCUCCCCUCAACUUUCUCAUCAUACCAUUUCUGCCACUGAAAGGGUUCAUUCAGCUCAUGGGGAGUCAUCAUCUCAGGGGGAGCAACCAUCUCAGGGGGAGCAACCUUCUCAGGGGGAGCAGCAUCGAUCACAAGAAAUUCUAGGUACUCAGCUCAUUCAAAUUCCAGCCUCAGCGUUUAAUGAGCUUCUUACACUGACUCGAGAUAUGAGUCAGCGUCUUCUACGUAUUGAGGCUGAUGUCAACCAACUGAAGGAAGUUAUUCUGUCAACUCCUUCCCCUGGCCCAAAUGAUGAUGAUGAUCAAAAAGGGGGAGAAACUGAUUCUGUUGAUAGAACCUGUGAGCAUGGAUCUGGGGGGAACAUUGUAAACCAGACCGAUCCACCACAGCCUGAGCACGAGUCUGAGAGACUAGCAGAAACUGAAAAGCCUACUGAAGAAUGUGAACAUGAUGAUGAAGAUGAACAUGAUGAUGAGUGUCAGAUGCUCGACAUGAACUUCAUAGAUCCCACUAUGCCAGUUCAAGGCCUUCUCGAUCCAUCCAACCACUACGCCCUGCAUACACAGCGAGUACGCCCCGCAAAGGUGACGAAAGGCCCGAACUACAAAAUUAUGAUUAUACCCAUGGGUUCUGAAACACGCCCGAACUCUUGGAUCAUCCAAUCUAUAAUAACCAAAUCCAAAAAGACUAAUUCUUUUCUUCCCUACGGCCCUAAGCCUUAUGCUAAUCGAUCUUCGGGUCAUAGCCUCGAACUAGGAAUCGAUUCAAAAUAG